GAUGGCAAGUAUGAGAAAGAUCAGAGAGGAACGACAGAAGAAGCCACUGACGAAACAGGCCUGCACCUGUGUCUGUUCUUUAAUCACAGAUUAAUCUCAGUUUCCCAUUAAACUCUCGAACGCUCUUUAAAGAGCUCAAAGAUGAACAGGAGAAUCUUAUCUUCUCAGUCAUUUCACAUAUAACAAGAGUCACAAAUCAAAACAUCAAUGUUUUCUCAUCGUCUUUGAGUUGAUCUCGAACUGAAAAGGUUUUCAUUUUUCUGUCAUUUCUCAUGAGAAAAUACGAAGCUGUUGCAGCAUCUGUAGUUUCUCUUCUGACCUCAGAUGAACCGAAUCAAAGGAACGCUGCCGUGUUUGUCCUUGACUGAAACUCCCUCGAGUCAGGAGGAAUUCCACACCUGCGUGUGAACGGCCAUCUAAAGAAAGAAACAACCGUCCUCAUUCUGAGAAACCUGAGCCGUUUCAGGACAACUUAAUAUACUUGUAUCUACUGCUGGACUGUCAAGAAAUGUGUUUUCUGCUGUAACCAUUUAUUCACAUAUUGGUCAAAAACAAUACUGUUGUUGUUUGUCAUUCUUACACUUCUAUCCCCAAUCCUGAAUAUGUGCGACAUUAUCUCAACCCCAUCACAGAACAUUUAUACACUCGAAAUAUGAAUAAAUAAAUCAAAUCUAGUAGAAUUCUUUGUUUUUAUACAUUAAAGCCGUGAUGAUUGGGGACAACUGGUCUGUUUUUCAAUGACAAACAUUUACAAAUACAUGAAUGUUUUAUUUUUAUAUCCAUUAAGUUCUGUGACUCGAUAAUUAGAUGUCAACCACGAGAACAGAAGGCUCAAACACGCGGAGCGAUGGCCUUUAACACACUCUUUAUCCGUCUAUUCUGGGUUGUAGCCGAGCCGCAGUAUUAACCCUAAUCCAGCCGCGGCUGGUGUGGAUGAGCUCCAUUUCUCCAUCUGUCCAUCUGUCCAUCUGUCUCUGCGCAGGGAAGAGUGUUUGAGUUGAAGAGCUGCGCUGGACUCUGAGGGCAUGCUGGGACUCUGACGGGUGAGUGUGACGUUCUGUCCUUUUAUAAAGAAUCAGAGCUAAUUACUCUUUAGAGUUCGAGAACAGAGAACGAAAAUUGUGUUAAUAAUCAAUUAGUCUCCUUGAGAAAACAGAGAAUGAAAUGACCACAUUAUUUCUGAUUCUCACUGAUGUGAGGGGAAUUAUUGAUCAUUGUGAAAUUGAGAUUACAAGCGUUCACUGCCACAGACACAUUUACUCAUCUGAGAGGAACUGUGUGAUUUCAUACGUGUUCUUACAGCAGACGGACGGUGACAUGGGAUGUGGAGUCACCAAAUCAAACCAACUGCAGCUGAAGCCAUGCAGUCAAGGUGCGUGAAGAAAACAGUCUGACACCGCUCAAAGAUUCAGAGUUUCUGACAUUAAAUGUCUUUCCUGAGAGACACAGCUCACUUCUGUCUGUCUCUGUCUGUCUGUAGGGAGCAUCUCCGUUCCAGGUUAAUCUUCCUCAUUUAUUUCAGUAAAUCUCAUUGUUGACAGUGAAUGUGAAUGAAAGUCAAACUCUGUUUCUCUUGUUUCUCUCACAUGCAGCCGCCACAGGUCAGACAGAUCACAUGAUCAAAGAGUCAUCACUGUCACUCUCAUCUGCUGCUGAUCUGACUCUCUCUGUCCGUCUGUUUCUCUCUUGGUCUGCUUUUCAUCCAUCCAUCCUUCUAUCUGCCUCUCCAUCCACCUAUCCAUCCAUCUGUCUGUCCAUCAAUCCAUCUGUCCAUCCGUCUAUCCCUCUGUCUGUCUCUCCAUCCAUCCAUCCAUCCAUCCAUCCAUCCAUCCGUCUGACUCUCUGUCCAUCUGUCUUUCUCUCCAUCAAUCCAUCCAUCCAUCCGUCUGUCUGUCUGUCUGUCCAUCCAUCUGUCUCUCCAUCCAUCCGUCUGUCUGCCUGUCUGUCCAGCGAUGCGGGCGGCGCUGCUCAUCCAGCGCUGGUACCGUCAGUAUGCGGCGCGGCUGGAAAUGCGACGCCGCUGCUCCUGGAACAUCUUUCAGUCUAUAGAGUAUUCUGGACAACAGGAUCAUAUCAAGCUGUAUAAUUUCUUCGGUUACCUGAUGGAUCAUUUUACUUCUGCCAGCAGCCAAAGGAAUCUGGUCUCCCAGAUGUUUCGCGAGAGUGACGCGUUUCAGGACGUGGAGUGGGAGAAACAGUUCUGUUACAAGGCCAUUGAGGUUCCAGACGUCUACGCCGGCCCACAUCUCUCCUUCCCGCUGACCAUCUCCAACGUCACAGAGCUGGUGGACGCCUUCAAAAACAAACAAAAGCUUCACGCGCGGUACGUCCUGCAACUGCUGGGCAAGACGUGGACGCUUCUGCGCUUGAUGCCCAACAUCAGUCACGUGUGCACCUGCAAACACAAAGAGAUCACCAUCUGUGGUGACUUACACGGCCAUCUGGAGGAUCUGCUGUUGGUCUUUUACAAAAAUGGAUUUCCUUCAGCGGAGACGCCGUACGUCUUCAACGGUGACUUUGUGGACAGAGGGAAAGAGUCUAUGGAGAUUCUGUUGGUUCUGUUUGCGUUCCUGUUGCUGUAUCCGCACGACAUGCACCUGAACCGAGGAAACCACGAGGACCACAUCGUUAAUCUGAGAUACGGCUUCACUAAGGAAGUUCUGGGGAAAUAUCAGGUUCAUGGGAAAAUGAUUCUUAAACUUCUGCAGAAGAUCUUCAGCUGUUUGCCACUGGCGACAGUGAUUGACCAGAAGGUUCUGAUUCUACAUGGAGGAAUUUCUGACAAGACGGACUUGAAUCUGAUCGCCAAACUGGACCGUCAAAGAUUCGUUUCGGCCCUCCGGCCCCUGAAGCGGAGAGAAGCAUCUGUCCCAGAUGGAGACGACGAUGAUGACUUCAGCGCGGGCCGGAGGAGAGUUCAGUCUCUGACUCACGGCACACCGGUGCGGCCCAGACAGGAGCUCCCGCGGCAUUCGGUGCACUCGGGGUCAGGCCGGACGGGUCGGUCCGUCGACGAGGAGCUGCGAGAGAGACGUCGACUGGCGGGUCUCAGUCUGUCCGGCUCGGAGCUUUAUUCUGCUGAGGUUCUGGAGACGGACGCGGAUGAAUGGAAACAGAUAGUGGAUGUUCUGUGGAGUGACCCGAUGUCUCAGAACGGUUGUGUCCCGAAUGAGGUUCGAGGCGGCGGGUGUUACUGGGGGCCGGACGUCACACAGGAAGUGCUGGACAGACACAAACUGAAGCUGCUCAUCAGAUCACAUGAGUGCAAACAGGAAGGAUAUGAAUUCUGCCACAACGGCAGGGUUUUGACGAUAUUUUCAGCCUCUAAUUACUAUGAUGUGGGCAGUAACAGAGGCGCUUAUAUUCGUUUGGGCCCUGACCUCAUUCCUCACUUCAAACAGUUUCAGGCCAGCAGAUCGACACGAGAACUCACACUCAGACAGAGUGUGGGACGAACAGAACGUUCUGCAUUACAGGCUCUGAGGAUGCAGCUGUUCGCACACAAAUCUGCCCUGAUUCGAGAAUUUCAGGAAUAUGACCCCCAGUGCACAGGUCUGAUCUCUCUGAAGCACUGGGCCGUGGCCAUGGAGAAGGUUCUGCGGCUCAGUCUCCCGUGGAGAGUCCUGAGGGCUCAGCUGGUGACCAGCAGCACACGGGACGGGAUGCUCAGCUACCACGACUGGUUCAACCAGCUGUCCGUCAUCCAGCCAAACACAGAGAUUGCUAACGCGAGUCUACUGGAGACGCUGUACAAACAUCACUCUAACCUGGAGAGCAUCUUCAGAAUGAUCGACACGGACCAUUCAGGUCUGAUCUCGUUUGAGGAGUUUCAUCAGACGUGGAAGCUGCUGAGCUCGCACCUGCAGACGGACAUCAGCGAUAAAGCCAUCGCAGACCUGGCCGAGAGCAUCGACUUCAACAAGGACGGCAGCAUCGACAUCAACGAGUUCAUGGAGGCCUUUCGCCUCGUGGAACAAUCUAGAGGAGAGAGGGAAGCGCCGCCGUCACCAGAAUGAGCGCAGGACGUCCCAGAGACACAGGCGAGCGCAGACGUCUGGCCAAACGCUUGAAACCUCGAGCAGCAACUGUACGGAUGAAAACAUGUCUGAAUAUUUCCCUGCCGUUUACUUUACUAAAGGCCAUGGUGUUUUUCAGUGCUUUAACUUUCAUACAUGCUCAAUAAAUCAGCCAAACGCGUGAAAUUCA